AUGUUAUUUAGAGACUUAGAAGCAGAUUUAUAAAAAGUUUAAAAAUUCCCUUUAAUAAAAAAUAUUUUAAAUUCAACUUUUUAUGCAAUUUUUAUCAAUAUAGUAACGAUUUUUGCAUUAUUUGGAGAUGAUAUUAGAGUUAUUGCGACAAACAAAAAAGCAGAUAAUAUUUUUGAUGGAAUAACAAUUACGGUAUAAAUAAUUUAUGUAAUUGAAAUAAUAUUAACAACACUAACGAAAAGAAAUUAUGCAUUAUCUUUUUUUUUUGGUUAGAUAUUAUUUCAACGGUUUCUCUAGUUUUAGAUCUACAAAUAGUAAAUCAAGCACUUUUUUUUGGUGCAAGUUCUAAUGCAACAUAAUUAGCAAAAGCAGGAAAAGCUUCUAGAGUAGCCACAAGAGCUGGAAGAAUUGUAAGAUUAUUAAGAAUAAUUAGAAUAGUUAAAUUAUAUAAAUCUGCUUCUAUAUAAUCUUAAUAAAAUUCAGAUAAAAAGUAAAAGUUUUUAUAAGAAAGAAGAAAAAAAAAAAAAAUCGUAUUAAAACAAAGAAGAAGAAGUUAAAUUGCCCCUUAAUCUGAAAUUUAAGUUGAAGAAAAUAAUAUUCAUAAUCCUAUUAGUUAAGCAACAUUUAGUAAUUUAGCAAAUUUAGAAGAUAAAGAUAAAUAUUAAAAUGUAAAUAUAUAUAAAAUAUAUUUAAUUUAUUUAUAUUUUUCUUAUAAAAAAGGAUUUUGUUUCUUUAAAAGAGUCUUAAGUUUCAAGAAUACUUUCAAAUUUAAUAACUAAAAGAGUAAUUAUAAUAGUUUUAAUUCUUCUAUUUAUUAUGCCUUUAUUUUCAGCUGAUUAUUAUUUUGAUCUUCCUAUAAGUAUGGAUUUGGUAACAUAAUAAUUAAAAAUGAUAAUUGAGACUUAAUCAACAAAAGACUAAAUAAUAAACUAGUAUUAAGACAUAAUUAUUUAAUAUAAAAAUUUAUCUUCACCUUUAGCAUAUUUUUAAGUUCCUUUGACUUAUUUAAGUUUAUAUUAAUCUGAUUUCGAAAUACUAAGAAACGAUGAAAAAGAAGGAAUCGGUUAUAAAUUAGAAAUUAGUAAAUUUGCGUAAAAUCAUCCCGAUUAAUUGGAUGAAAUAAACUAUUUAAACAGAAUUUAAGAUGAAGAUUAAUUACUAAUUUAAGGUUUUUUGAAUGUAAGUUCCUAAUAAGUCUUAAAUUCUGGUCUUUCAAUUGGUAGAACAAUUUUCGUUUGCCUAGUUUUGACUAUAGGAGCUGUUUUGUUUUCAAAAGACACGAAUGAUUUAGCCUUAGGGCCUAUAGAACGUAUGAGAGAUAAAGUAAUAAAAAUCUCGAAAAACCCUUUGGCAUCAAAGGAACUAGAAUUGAUACAAGAAGAGGAGGGAAAACAUUAAUAUGAGACUAUAAUUAUCGAAAAUGCAAUUAUAAAAAUCGGAAUGUUGCUUGCCUUAGGUUUCGGAGAUGCAGGUUCAGGAAUUAUAGCGUAUAAUAUGAGUAAAUCAGGAGAUGUAGAUCCUAUGAUUGCUGGUAAAAAGAAAUGCGCUAUUUAUGGUUUUUGCGAUAUUCGAAAUUUUACAGACGCAACUGAAGUUUUAUAGGAAGAUGUAAUGAUUUUUGUCAAUAAUAUAGCUGAAAUUGUCCAUUCAAUGGUAGAUAGGUAUUUGGGUGCGGCAAAUAAGAAUAUAGGGGAUGCUUUUUUAUUAGUAUGGAAGAUUUAAGAAGAUAAAUAUACGAUUAAUGAGAAUGAUAAUACUAUUAUUUAUAAUAAUAUUCAGUAUAUUAAUAUUUUUGCGGAUUUCUCAGUUAUUUCUUUUCUAAAAAUAUAGGUGAAAAUUAAUAGAGAGUAGAAAAUCUUGGCUUAUAGAAGAGAUUAAAGACUUAAUAAGAGAAUUGAAAAUUAUAAAGUUAAAAUGGGAUUCGGUUUACAUAUUGGAUGGGCUAUAGAAGGGGCUAUAGGAUCAUAAUUUAAAAUAGAUGCGAGUUAUUUAAGUCCAAAUGUAAAUAUGGCUUCUAGAUUAGAAACAGCUACUAAAUAAUAUGGGGUACCGUUACUAAUUUCAUCGGAUCUAUAUGAUGUUUUUUCAGAUACAAUGUAGAUUUUGGCAAGAAAUAUUGAUAAAGUUACAGUUAAAGGAUCUACAAGACCUAUAGGAUUAUAUACUAUAGAUUUAUUUUGUGAUGAUAUUUAAGAAAGUAAAUAUCCGGAUUAGAACAUGGCUAAAUAUGAUAAAAAUAUUUAAUCUUAAUUAAAAAAAUAAGACGUUAUAGAUAUUAUGGAAAGUGUGCUUUCUGGAGAAUCUUAAUGGGAUGCGAAUGUUUAUUUUGAAAGUAAUAAAGAUUUAAGACUAUCUUUUUAAUAAAGAAACUCAUAUUUUAUAGAAGUUUUUAAUGAAGCUUUUUAAAAUUAUAUAAAAGGAGAGUGGGGUUUGUGUUAAAAUAUAUUAAUAAAAGCAAAAGAAAUAAAUCCUAAUGAUGGACCUACAAUGACUUUACUUAAUUUUAUAGGUGAAUAUGGAUUUUAAGCACCUGAAGGGUGGUAAGGAUAUAGAGAAUUAAAUGAAAAAUGA